ACGUGCAGCACGGGCCCCGUCCAGUGCUGCGACUCAGUGCAGAAGUCCGACGCUCCCGAAGUGCAGAACGCCUUGGGACUCCUGAACAUCCCCAUCGGCGGCGUGACUGGCCUGGUUGGGCUGACAUGCUCCCCCAUCCUUGGCACCCUGAGUUCGAGUUCGUGCUCGGCUCAAACCGUGUGCUGCGAGGACAACUCUUACGGUACCCUCGUUAGCAUUGGAUGCUUGCCCAUUACUCUCUAG